AUGGCAUCACUCCAUGGUCAAGUCUACUGGUCCAAAAAAGACAUUUUGAUGCUGCUGGACCAUAUGGAGAAGAACCUCCCAUUUGAUGACAACCUAACAUUCAAAAAAACACAGUCAUGUCUGGACUGGGGGAAAGUAGCUUUUAAACAUUUUUCUGGAGAGACGUGCAAACUCAAAUGGUUGGAGAUUUCCCACAAGUUGAGGAAGUAUCGCACACUGACAGAUUUAGUCCAAGAAGCCAAAGAACAUAUUAAAAACCCUAACAGAAACAAGAAAUACGAAAAGCAUCCAGAUUUUCCCAAAAGGCCACUGACUGCUUACAUACGCUUUUACAAGGAGAAAUGGGCCAAAUACUCCCAAAGGUACCCUAAGAUGAGUAACCAGGAUCUGGCUAAGGUUUUGUCCAAGAAAUAUAAGCAGCUUCCAGAGCACAUAAAACAGGCAUAUAUUCAGGAUUUCCAGAAGGAGAAACAGGAGUUUAAAGAAAAGCUGGCUCAAUUCAGGCAAGACCACCCUGAUCUAGUACAGGUUUACAAGACAUCGAAUGUUUCCAGAAUUGUCAGGCUUCCUCCAAAAACUGAGGACUUUUCUGUGAAGGUGAAAUUUCAUGGAGAGCCCAAGAAACCCCCUAUGAAUGCAUAUCACAAAUUUCACCAAGAUUCCUGGUCCAGUCGGGAGCUUCAGCACCUGCCCCUGAGAGCACGCAUGGUGGAGAUCAGCAGGCGCUGGCAGAGAGUUCCACAGAGUAUGAAGGAACAUUAUAAGAACCUAGCUGAGAUGCUGCAAAAACAAUACAGGGUAGACUUGGAUCUCUGGCUCAAGACAUUGUCACCUAAAGAGUAUGCAGCUUACCGAGAGGCAGAGGCAACUUAUGGUAAGAGAAAGAACUUGAGCAUGACAGGAGGCUCAGACCCCAAGUUCCCACGACCAGAUGUGCAGUUGUCACCAGGCAAGGAUCCCAACGAUUCACCUGAAGAAGAUUAUGUAUCACAGGCUCCAGGACUUGACUGGUCGGAGACUACACUGAUCAACUGUGGUGGCUCACAUGAAUCAAAACAGAAGAUGAAGGAGGAUAUAGAAGGGGGUGAAGGAAACAGCAGCUCAGAUUCCAGCAGUGGAGAUGAGGAUUCAUCUUCAGAGAAAUCCUCAAGCUUAGACUCUGUCUGA